GGAGCAUUGACUGCACUCCAGCCCCAUCUUAAGAAAUCGGGUCAGGAGAAUAUAGACCGUAAGCACAUCAUGCAAGUCAUGCACAAGAUCGAGGCCCGUGUUGAGAGAGAACACGGUCAACUCAAGUACUCUCAAGUCCUUGCUAUGGUACUUCCUGAGCUAUGCGAAUCACUAGGAUUGGAGAAGCCAAGCAACGAAGAGUGUACGAGGUUUGGAGCGAGUAUUGGGGAUUGGCCUGGAUUUCCCGACAUUCCAUCGGCACUGGAGCGGCUGUCCAAGUUUUACAAACUGGUUGUCCUGUCCAAUGUGGACCACGACUCUUUCAAGAGAGGCAACGCAAAUGGGCUCAAGGGAUUCAAGUUCGAUGCCGUAUACACUGCCCAAGAUAUUGGAUCUUACAAGCCAGAUCCUAGGAACUUUGAAUAUAUGCUCAGCCACGUUGAGGAAGAAUUUGGAGUAGAAAAGCACGAGGUCCUUCAAACAGCGCAGUCUCAGUACCAUGACCACCAUCCAGCCAAGGAUAUGGGCAUCAAGAGUUCCUGGAUCUAUAGGCCAGGUGCAGUUAUGGGCAACCGUGACGAUCCCGUUUACAAUUGGAGGUUUGAUACGCUGGCUGAGAUGGCGGAUGCCGUUGAGAAGGAAUUUGCUGCGCUGGGAUAAUGAAUGCGGCAAAAGUAUAAGAACUACCCGUGCCAAGGCGUAGCUUAUGACUAAGCCACGUCAGCUGCGCUGACACUCGCCGCAGGCGAGUGCCCACCCUCAAUACGAUAUUACCUUCAAU